GCUACUUAGCUGUAAGUUCCCCUAAAGGCAUCUCUUUAGAUUGCUGGUCUUUUUGCUUGCCUGGGGCAUCCCUCUUGACAACCACUCCACACCCUGGGGCAUGGAUCUUCCACUGCUGAUUGUCUUCCUGGGCACAGCUGUGCUGGUGCCCUGGUGCUGUGCAUUCAGCGUGGACGUGGAUACACCAACCAUUUUCAAAGUGCAAACUCAGAGCUUUGGAGGAAGUGUGGCACAGACCGAGAACUCGGUGUUGGUUGGGGCUCCCCUCCAGAAAGGACAAGUGAACGAAACGGGUAAAAUCUACCAGUGCGCCUAUAUUUCAGGUGGCUGUCGGGAGAUUCACAUCCAACGACCGGCAGAUGCUGUUAAUAUGUCCCUUGGUUUGUCCUUGGUUGCCCAGAAUUCUCAGGUCUUGGUGUGCGGCCCCACAGUUCACCGAGCCUGUGGGAAGAAUAUGUAUGUGAAUGGAUAUUGCUUUCUACUGAAUCAGAAUCUCCAGAAACUCCAGCACUUUCCAGAGACUUUGCCAGAAUGCACUGUUCGGCCAACAGACAUUGUGUUCUUGAUUGAUGGCUCGGGCAGCAUCAGCGCACCAGACUUCGAAAGGAUGAAGGUUUUUGUUUCUGAGAUCAUCAGGAGACUCUCCGGAAGAAACACACGGUUUGCCCUCAUGCAGUUUUCAGAUGAAUUCAGAGAACACUUCAAUUUCAACAGUCAUGACCCAGCGCAGCUCGUAAUGGAUAUUGACCAGAUUCGUGGAUGGACCCACACAGCCACAGCCAUCAACAAAGUAGUGAAAGAACUGUUCACAUCACGUAAAGGAUCCCGGAUCGGGGCCACCAAGAUUCUCAUUGUGAUAACGGAUGGGGAGAAGACAGACAACACGCCAUACAGCCAAGUGAUACCAGAGGCCAACCGAAUUGGGAUCAUCCGCUAUGCUAUCGGGGUUGGCACUGCUUUUUCAAGUAACAAAGCCAUUCAGGAGCUGAAAGACAUUGCCUCUGAGCCUGACACUGAGCACGUCUUCACAGUGUACAAUUUUAAUGCCCUCAAUGGCAUCCAGGAUCAGCUGCAGGAUAAAAUCUUUGCCAUUGAAGGUACACAAUCCCAGAGCAGCAGUUCCUUCCAGCUGGAAAUGUCCCAGGAAGGAUUCAGUGCCCUGCUGACCCCGGAAGGGACUUUCUUAGGAGCUGUGGGAGCCUACGACUGGUCCGGAGGGGUGUUUCUGUAUCAGAACAGCAGCAGAAACUCACAUUUCAUUAAUGUCUCUGGCACCGCUGAGGAUAUGAGCAACGCAUAUCUUGGCUAUUCUUCUCAGCCUGUCCAGCUCAACGGCAGAAGGGGCUUUGUGGUGGGAGCCCCCCGCUACGACUACGUUGGAAAAGUUGUUCUCUUCGAGAGUGACGCCUGGAGGGGAGGCUGGCUGCUGAAAGCGGAGGCUGUUGGAGAACAGGUUGGUUCGUAUUUUGGAGCAACAAUAUGCUCAGUGGACCUGGACCAAGACACAAACACAGACUUGGUUUUGGUUGGAGCCCCCAUGUACUAUGAUGGUGUUGCAGGAGGAAGGGUUUACGUCUGUUAUUUUAAGAAGGAAGCUCUUCAAUGUAGCCCAGCUUUGAAAGGGGUGGCAGGACACAUAUUCGCUCGCUUCGGAGCCAGCGUGGCAGAAAUGGGUGACAUCACCGGGGAUGGAUGGACAGAUGUGGCGAUCGGGGCUCCCAUGGAGGAUGAGGAUGUAGGAGCCUUGUAUAUAUUUUCGGGGAAACGAACAUCUAUUGUCCCCAAAUACAUCCAGCGCAUUGAAGGGUUGAGGUUUUCUGGAGGAUUCUUGUACUUUGGCCAAGCGGUCAGUGGAGGAACAGACCUUACAUUGGAUGGACUGAAAGACAUAGCCGUGGGACAACAAGGACAGGUCCUGCUGCUAAGAACUCGCCCCGUUCUGCUAGUGAGAGUCUCCAUUGAGUUCCAGCCUGCUUUGAUCCCCAUCUCAGUCUUCGACUGUCACGGGCCAGAAUCUCUGGGGAGGGAGGCCAGCACAGCGGAAGUGUGUUUUACUGUUUCUGCGGCAACUGGCCAUGCGCUAGGUGAAAUGCUUAGUGACCUUCAGUACAGCCUGGCCCUGGACUUCGAGAGAAUGAAGAUUCGAGCCUCCUUCCAGUCUAAAUCUGCUGUUCUCAGUGCCGGCUUCCCGAUUGGCCUUGAGCAGAAAUGCGAAUAUCACUCAGUCCAAUUGCCUGUCUGCGUUGAGGAUACCCUGGCUCCCAUCAGCUUGCGGCUCAAUUACACCCUCAAAGGGAGGCCCAUCCCGAACGUCAAGGGUCUCCGGCCCAUCUUGAGCAAAGAUUCCCAGCAGAUCUACAUAGCACAGCUCCCCUUUGAGAAGAACUGUGGCAGUGAUGGGAACUGUGAAGACAAUUUACAAACCUCGUUUACUUUUUCCGGCCUUGGCACGCUAGUGGUAGGCCAGACUCCCGAGCUGAAUGUAACAGCUUCUAUCUGGAACCAUGGAGAGGACUCUUACAGCACCACACUGAGCUUCUUCUACCCAGCCGGGGUGUCCUACCGCAAGGUCACAUUUCUGCAGGGCAGCAGGAAGGUUGUGAGCGUUAAGUGCCACUCAGUGCCUGCCUCUGAAGAAGAUGCCAACAGGAACACCACCUGUAAUGUCAACCACCCCAUUUUCUGGAGCGGGGGAGAGGCUAUCUUUGUCGCCACAUUUGAUGUCUCCCCGGAUGUUGAUCUAGGGGACAAUCUGCAGGUCAUGGCCAGAGCCAACAGUGAAAAUGGUGGCCGCAUCACGAAGGAUAUGGUUCAUCAAGCAGAUUUGCCAGUCAAAUAUGCUGUGUACAUCGUUGUCACCACCAUCGAGGACUCAACCAAGUAUGUCAACUUCACAGCCAGCCAGGAGGAAGCAAGCAGGAGCAUAGAGCAUCGCUAUGAGGUGAAGAACCUCCGUGAACGAAGAAUCCCCUUUUCGGUGACAUUUCAGAUCCCCGUGAAACUGAAAGGGAUCCAGGUGUGGAACGUGUCUCAGGUCAUCCCCUCUGAGCCCCAGCUCACUAAGUGUGUCUUGGAAAGAGAAACUACAGGCGUCAAGGAUUUUCCGGGGCAAAAGGACCCCCCACUUUUGGACUGCUCUGUAGCCUCCUGCAAGGUGAUCCGCUGUGAUGUUCCAUUGCUGGAGUUACGGAAAAAGCCGCUGGAGUUCAGGAUCAAGGGGGACUUCAGUUUCCAGUGGGCAUCUCAGAUCCAGCAGAAGAAAAUAACCUUGGUGAGCUCUGCAAAGAUUUCCUACGAUGAGAAAAAAUACACGGAGAAGGAGGGUUUUUCGCAGUCCCAGGUGCAGACGGUGGUGGAGCGCAUAGAGAUCUACAACUACGUGCCUGUAAUUGUUGGCAGCACCAUUGGGGGCCUUGUCCUUCUGGCUGUCCUUGCAGCUGUCCUCUACAAGAUCGGGUUUUUCAAACGUCACUAUAAGCAGAUGAUGAAUGAUGAUGGAGCUGGCGAUGAAACCACCAGUCCGCCCAAUCCCACCCAGGAAGGCACCGACUCUUCCCCGCCUAGCCAAGGCACAGUCUACUAACAACCCUUCUGGGUCCCCUAAGACUGUUUGGCACUUUGGGGCAGGCACCUUUCACAAGCCUGUUUUUAAGAACAACAGCAGCCCUCCUCUGCUGUACUAUCCAGUGACAAAUAUUCAGAGGUGCCCAGCCUUUGAAGAUGGAGUCUCCAUUUAGCCAUCACGGCUCGUUGAUAAAUCUAUCCUCCAUGAACUGGUUUCAUCCCCUUUAGAGGUCAUCUAAACUAAUGGCUACCAUCACUUCUUGUGGCAUCUCUCCUUAACCAGAGGGUUCCGUCCUUCUUCACACAGUCGUACUGGACUGGUGAGAAAAUGCAAACACAUCUGCAUGUUUGAAGAGCACAGGGUCAAAGCACGUUUUCUUUGCUGGGGAAAAACGUUAUCACAAGUAUGGAACUUAAAUAACCGUGUUGAAAGAAACAUAGCAUUACAGGUGGUCCCCAGUGUAAUGUAUCACAUUUUGCAAGAGAAUUGUAUGGCUUAUUCUGGGUUUUCUGUGUCUGUCUAAUGUGGGUUGAUAGGAGAGAGGAUUGCAAAAUGCACUUGAGGAUGUCAGACUAUGAGCUCCAUCAGGCGAGCGUUUUAUUGCAUGCACCUUACUGGGCACUCAUGGAUUUUCGUGGGUCCCUCUCAUGACGUUGUCUACCUCCCGCGUACCCUUCUAGCCUUCUUCGUGGACAAAAAACACCUCAGUAAGUCUGACUUAUUUUUGAAGACAGAAGUUGCCGCUAUCUCUUGCUAUGUGCAGGAGAAGCAGUGCAAUCAAAACGGCCCGCUGAAUGGGCCACGUGCAUGUUGUUUACUUCCUCUUUAAAAUGAGGAAGUAAUGAGGGCAGAGAAGUGACGGUAAGCAAUCGUGAUUUCCUCCCGUGUGAUGACACUCUAAGCUUGUCUCAGAAGAGUUUUGGUCCAGAACCCACUGUAAAAGUAGGGGAAAGGAAUCUAUUCUCACUGGUCAUUUAUGGUAGCAGAAGAAUUUGUGCACUAGAGUCCUAUAAAACCAGAAACCGGUGUGUGUGUAUUUCUCUAGUCUUUUUAAAGUUAGGUGUUUAAUUGUCGAACUGGUUCAAAAUAUUGGAAAUGCGAUCACCCAGGUGAGAUAAGUUGGGUGGUUUGUCUGUAACAUUCCGGAGGAUUUUGAUUUGUAUUUAUAACGGAGCUUGGUGUUAUAGAAAAA